UCUCAGAGAGGUGCCAUAACGACUGUUACCAUCCCAGCAAGAGGACGCAUCCCUGCAGAGAUGGAAAGAUAGACACAGAACCUGUCAGUAAAGUGAGCCGUUCAAUUCUCUUUAGGCUGCUGCUUGUUUGUAGAUUUAGAGUGAGACCUGACCUGCUCUCCUCGUGGAGAUCAGUCUCCUCCUGGGAAUCAUCCUGAUGCUUCUAUAAGCUCACCCUCGGGACAUGGCCACAAAGAUCUGCUGCAUGAUUGGGCGCGUGCAGAGGCUCACUAAGGCGGGGUUAAACCUGCUGUGAUGUUUCAUAUUCAUACUCGGCGUGAAUACAUAAUCAGUCCAUCAGGUCAGUGAGUGCUAUCGGGAGGAAAACUCUGGCUCUGAGAUGGAUAUUUCUUUUGACACUUUUGGACUUUGGACCACUAUCACAACUUCUUCUUUCGUCUGGCUGUACUCUUCCUUCCAAUGCUGGAUUUAGCAGGGACACGGUCUAUUUGGGCUCCCAAGCACAUGACUUGCUCCAGAGCACAUCUUUGGAUGUCCCAUCUAAACCCACCUAGACCUGCUGAAGCAACAACUGCUGGGGCUGAGAUCUACUGAGGAGGGGGGUCCUCACUCUCUCUGGAUGUUGCCUGCCCACUACUGCUGCUAUGAAACACACAAAGAACAAAAAUGUCUCUUGGGGUUCGGCCGACUCCUACACCAGCCGUCCAUCAGACUCCGAUGUGUCCCUGGAGGAGGAUAAAGAGGCAGUGCGCAGAGAGGCAGAGCGACAGGCUCAGGCACAACUCGACAAAGCAAAGACAAAACCUGUUGCGUUUGCAGUUCGCACAAAUGUCAACUACAGUCCGUGUCAUGAAGACGAUGUCCCAGUUCCAGGCAUGGCCAUCUCUUUUGAUGCGAAGGACUUCCUCCAUGUCAAAGAGAAAUUCAACAAUGACUGGUGGAUAGGUCGUCUGGUGAAGGAAGGCUGUGAAAUUGGUUUCAUUCCCAGUCCAGUGAAGCUUGAAAACACUCGAAUCCUCCAAGAGCAGAGAGCCAAGCAGGGAAAGUUCCACUCCAGUAAAUUGGGAGCAAACUCAUCCUCAAGUUUAGGUGAAGUUGUUCCUAAUUCUCGGAAAUCAACUCCCCCGUCAUCUGCCAUUGACAUAGAUGCCACAGGCUUAGACCCCGAGGACAAUGAACCCCCCAUCACCGUGCGCUCCCCUAAAUCCAGUCCAAACACUGUCAUGUCAACCUUAGCAAAAGAGAAGCGAAUGCCUUUCUUUAAGAAGACGGAACACAUUCCUCCCUACGAUGUUGUGCCUUCCAUGCGGCCUGUGGUUCUGGUCGGACCGUCACUGAAGGGCUACGAGGUGACAGACAUGAUGCAAAAAGCACUUUUUGACUUUCUGAAACACAGAUUUGAGGGCAGAAUAUCUAUCACUCGAGUCACAGCAGACAUCUCUCUUGCCAAACGCUCCGUCCUCAACAAUCCCAGCAAGCACGCCAUCAUCGAGCGCUCCAACACUCGCUCCAACUUGGCUGAGGUCCAGAGUGAGAUCGAGCGGAUAUUUGAAUUGGCCCGGACGUUACAACUGGUGGUCCUGGACGCUGACACCAUCAACCACCCGUCACAGCUGGGGAAGACGUCUCUCGCCCCAAUUGUUGUCUACGUCAAGAUCACGUCGCCAAAGGUGCUGCAGCGACUUAUCAAGUCCAGAGGGAAGUCUCAGGCCAAGCACCUGAAUGUCCAGAUGGUGGCCGCAGAUAAGCUUGCGCAGUGUACGCCUGAGAUGUUUGACAUCAUCCUGGACGAAAACCAGCUGGAGGACGCCUGCGAGCAUAUGGCCGAUUACCUGGAGGCCUACUGGAAAAGCACCCACCCCACGAGCUGCAACCCCCCCAACCCGCUACCAGCUACGUUGCCCACAGCUGCACUGCCCUCCAGUCCAGCCCUGGCCUCUGGCACGCAGGGCAGCGCUGCGGAGCACAGAGCAGACAAAGGUGUUGUGGAGAGGAAGGGCUCCAGAGAAGACCACCACCAUCACCACCACCAUCACCACCACCACCAGCAGCAGCAGAUGAGUCAGGAGCAGGCCGAUGUGGAGCUGGAGCCUGAAGAGGAAGAGCCAGAAGUGGAGAGAAUGCAAAGGAUGGAGACGUCCAGGAGGCCGCCGCACAUCCACCACCGCUCGUCCUCCACCAAGACGGAGCACCAUAACCACCAUCACCACCACCAUCACCAUCACAGCAGUCGGGCCAGAGGUCUCUCCCGACAGGAGACGUUUGACUCUGACAUACAGGAGAGCAAAGACUCGUACACCGAGGCGCGUUCGCAGCACCUCCAUCAGGACGAGGAGGAGGCGGCGGCGGAGGAGCAGGAGGAUGAGGAGCCUCAGCAGCAGCAGCAGCAACACCGCUAUGAGCUGCACAGGGACCACAACCACCACCACCAUCAUCACCACCAUCACCACCACCGCAGCGGGCAGGACGAGCAUCGGCCCAAAGAGCGCGAGCAGGAUCACAACGAACGGAACAAGCAGCGCUCACACCACCACCACCGUCCCACCCGCGACUACCACCAUCACUACUACGACAGAGAACAGGAGGGGGAGGGGGCUGCCAAACACAGGGGCGACGCCGCUGAGUGGACCAGAGACUCCUACAUCCACCAGUGACCCACCCUAAUCCCUUCAGACUCCAACAACUCCCAUUGUGCUGCUAAAGCCUCCUAUUUAUGUACGCUUCCUUUCUAAGUCUUUUUCAACUGCAGGAUUUUGAACCACGUCGACAUGUGAAUUUGUAUUUGCGCAUAGACCUGGUUUAUGUGUGAGUACGCAUGGACCUUCUGCAUAUUUUAAAACUAUUUGAUAAAGCAUGACACUAAGGCAGAACCCACUCCUCCGCUGACCCGUGGUUCGCCUUUUAUGAUUGUUUGUGGACGUUUGCUUGAAUUUGUUACUUCAGACUACUGUGAGGGUUGAACUCUGGCGAGGCUUGAACGUUUGGGAAAUACUGCUGAGAGGCUGCUCCAGUAUCAGACCGACAGAUUGAUCCACAAAUGCACAACUUUCAAAUGAGGAAUACAAGAAUGUGUGUGUGUCUCCUUCAUGAGGUGAACGGUGAAAAUGAACAGGAACUGUUUGCAUCAAUCUUCUGGACCAGGUUCUAGGUAUUCUCCAAAUGUCAAGCCACAAUUUUCGAUAUGUGUUCAUGUGUUCUUUUCUACUCUGUCUCCGUCCUGCCGCCUCCGAGGUGACGCCUUCCUCAACAGAGGAGCUCCCUCUUUUCAUGCUGGUCCAGGUUUUUACAACACCUGCACUUUAACUGACUCACAAACAACGCAGUUUGGUCCGACACUGCUGUAGGUCUUUGGUGAAGUCUGAGCCCCUCUCCCUUCUUUAGUCUCACGUCAUGAACAUUUCAGGAUUAGCAGAGAGAGCAAGGCUGUUUUCGAGCCCCGAUUGUUAUAUAGCAUGAUGUGCGGGAAGAUCCUCCGUCAGAGGUCAUUGUGUUUUACACUGUGACUUUCUUUCAGAUGUUUGAUCCCAAAACCUUCAUCUUUUAUGGCACAUGUGGGAAGACAUCCACUCACACAAUUUCAAUUGAACUUUGCAUGAUGUCCUGUGGGAGGAAACCAGAGUGCCCAAAGGAGACCCACACAAGCAUAUUUUUCAUUUUAUGAAUUCCUGUUUGGCUAGGUUGAAGUGGAUUUCAGCUCAUGUGACAAGUAUUCUCUCUCGAGCUGCGUCCGUCUGACCAGUUUGUGGGGCUGAUGAAGGGUUCUGGACCAAACGUCUUGCGCUCUCCCACUCCCAAGUCCGGUUGUCGUCCGUGGGACUUGGGAUGUCGGAAGUAAAACACGAGAUGAAUUCCCUCGCUCUUAGAUUAUUUAUUUAUGAUUCCCAGAAGGAGUUCACACACUCAUCGGUUGUUUACAGAUCCGCGACGCACCACGUCAUUUGUUUUUGCCUGACAAAUGUAUUUAUAAGUUUUUAUGCUACAUUUGUAGCAGAGAAGAUUUUUAACUGUGUACAUGUGUAUGUACAUAAUAUAUAAAGAAUAAAGUUUAAACUGGGA